GGACCCCAGCAGGAGGGAGACUUACAUGUUACCCAGCAGGCCUUCCCCAUCUCUGAUCCUUUAUGCUCCCUUAAUCUGAUCCCUUAAUGCUCCCAUGGGUACCCUGAGGUUGGUAGCCUUAUGGCUGCUGGCUUCCCUGGGGCAUUCCUCCUAGCCCAGGGCUACCAACCGCCAGUGUGGAACCCAUGUCAGAUAAAGCCCCGACCCAGUAAAAUGCCAACAUCCAGCCAAAUCCACACUUGUCCAUUUGUGAACACAUAGCACUCAAGAGUUUCCUCCCCUUCUUUUUCUGUGCGACACCUCAAAUAAUGGCAAGAAUGGCCCUACACUGCCUUGAGGAUUUUUUAGCUUCACUUCCUCAUCCAAACCUGACACCGCGGCCAUUAUGACAAUAUGACCUCCGAAGCUGCACUCUGUCGGCUCCACAUCUACUCUUACUCUAGGGGGCAGUCACUGAGUUAUGUCUCCUGCCUUCUUCCUCCCCAAAUGGAGCUCACCAGAUGGCUCUCCGUUGCCAUUUGUGGUGAGUGGGAAGGCCAGCACUGGUCCCCAGUCUCAUGCUACUUGAAGACAUUUCCCCCUGAGCCUUUUGCUCGUGGGACCUACUCAGGUUUCUCCUUUUCUGUGCGGGAUGUGUUGCUUGCAUUUUUUCUCCUUGCGAAUUUCCUUUUUUUUUUUUUUUAAUUUUUUAUUUAUUUUUGAGAGAGAGAGAGCACAAGCGGGAGGGGGAGUUGUCAGAGAGAGUGGGGAACAGAAGAUUGAACGCGGGCUCUGCGCUGGCAGUGGUGAGCCCGAUGCGGGGCUCGAACUUACAAACCGGGGGAUCAUGACCAAGCCGAAGUCCGACGCUUAACCGACUGAGCCACCCAGGCGCCCCCUCUUUGCAAAUUUCUAGUUUUCUGUCUCCUUCAAGAAAUCUUCCCGAACACUCCUCUCUCCCUUCUUUCUCUGCCUCUCUAUUGUUAGAAGCAGCUAUUUUGCCUCAGACUUCCCCAGUAUGCUGCUGCAUUUUUUAAAAAAAAACUCUUGAAUGAAAGGGCAUGGAUUUUUUUUUUUUUCCUUUCCCCAUUUAGAUUACAGACCUCUCGAGUGGAGCCUCCUACAAGUCUUACAGACCUCAAUGCAGCCAAGUGUCAGCACGCAGUAGUUAUUCAACAAUGAGUAACUUGAAUUGGCUUCCACUUGAACCUCAGUACCUACAGAUGAAAUGGCCCCUCCUCGAUGUCCCAUCCAGUGCCACAGUCAAGGACACCAGGUCACCAUCUCCGGCACACUUGUCUAAUAAAGUUCCUGUUGUUCAGCCCCCGCAUCACAUGCACCCAUUGACGCCCCUCAUCACCUACAGCAACGACCACUUCUCCCCUGGCUCCCCUCCCACACAUCUCUCCCCAGAGAUUGAUCCAAAGACAGCAGGAAUCCCCCGGCCCCCUCACCCAUCUGAGCUGUCUCCAUAUUACCCACUGUCUCCUGGAGCUGUCGGACAAAUCCCUCAUCCUCUCGGCUGGCUCGUCCCACAGCAAGGACAGCCCAUGUACUCCCUUCCUCCUGGUGGCUUCCGGCACCCCUACCCUGCCCUCGCCAUGAACGCCUCAAUGUCCAGCCUGGUUUCCAGUCGGUUCUCUCCUCACAUGGUGGCUCCGGCCCAUCCUGGUCUGCCCACCUCAGGGAUUCCCCACCCCGCCAUCGUCUCCCCCAUUGUCAAGCAGGAGCCAGCACCCCCCAGCCUGAGCCCCGCCGUGAGCGCGAAAUCACCAGUCACGGUGAAAAAGGAGGAAGAAAAGAAACCCCACGUGAAGAAGCCUCUUAAUGCCUUCAUGUUAUAUAUGAAGGAGAUGAGGGCCAAGGUGGUGGCCGAGUGCACCCUGAAGGAGAGCGCGGCCAUUAACCAAAUCCUGGGAAGAAAGUGGCACAACUUGUCCCGAGAAGAACAGGCCAAGUACUAUGAACUGGCCCGGAAGGAGCGGCAACUUCACUCCCAGCUCUACCCAACCUGGUCAGCCCGGGACAACUACGGUAAGAAAAAGAAGAGGAAGAGAGAAAAGCAGCUGUCACAGACACAGUCCCAGCAGCAAGUCCAAGAGGCAGAGGGUGCUCUGGCCUCCAAGAGCAAGAAGCCAUGUGUUCAGUACCUGCCCCCCGAGAAGUCGUGUGACAGCCCUGCCUCUUCCCACGGCAGCAUGCUCGACUCCCCGGCCACCCCCUCCGCGGCCUUGGCGUCGCCUGCUGCCCCUGCUGCAACCCACUCGGAGCAAGCCCAGCCCCUCUCCCUCACCACCAAGCCGGAGAGCCGGGCCCAGCUGGCUCUACACUCGGCCGCCUUCCUGUCCGCUAAGGCGACAGCCACCUCCUCUGGCCAGAUGGGCAGCCAGCCCCCACUCCUCUCCCGGCCCCUCCCCCUCGGUUCCCUGCCCACAGCUCUGCUGACUUCCCCCCCCUCCUUCCCCACCACGCUCCAUGCCCACCAGGCCCUCCCGGUCCUCCAGGCCCAGCCUCUUUCCUUGGUUACCAAGUCUGCCCACUGAGCUGCCCCCUGACCUAUGCAGGCUGUCAAGUGACUCGUCGAGUAGUAAUGAUUCAGAAGAAACAACGGGAAAAAAAAAAAAAAAGGAAACUUUAUUGGUCAAUAUUUGACCACUCUGGACUGUUCUGUAAAGUGACUGGUAACAACAGCACUUUACAUUUUGUAGAUGUAACCAGUAGCUGAUCUUAAGGCUUUUUUAAAAAACAAAACAAAACAAAACAAAAAAAAUCUUUAAAAGAAAGAGAACUGAAAAGUAGCGUGUUAUUCUUCCUGUAUGUGCAGUGGUGGAUGGGCCUGGGCAGAAGACCCCCUUCUCUCUACCUCUUUCACUUUCUGCCCUGCUCCCUGUUCUCAUCGCUCCCGCGUGCCCCCCUCCCUUCCCAGUCCGCAUGUUGGCCAUCGCUGGGCCUCUAGCCUGCUGCCUCUUCAUCUAGAUGGCGCUCCUGGACAUUUUCUUUUCCCUCACCAAGUUUUUCUCCUUUGCUGAGCUCCGUGGGUUCUUGCCUUCAUCUCCGUCCUCUGCCCAGGGUAAGGCUGUCAUCACGUGAGAAGCCACCUUUGCCUGAUUUGUCUCCACCAGCAUCCCUUUGUCCUCAGUGGGCCCUAACCCAACAACCUCCAGCUUUUGGUGGGAAGAGAGGUCCUCCAAAAUGGUUCUUCCCCCACAUUUAAAGGGAUUCGAGGUGCCUGCCACUUCCUCGGUGAAGAAGUCUCUGUGCCACCCCCUCACCAGUCCAGACCUCUUCUCCUGGUCCCAGAGUGGCAGACAAGACCUGGCCCCCAGGCCUGGCUCUUGUCCCCUGGGUCAGUGCUAGCACAAUCUGCCAAAGGUCGAAACUCCCUCCUCCCUCCCCCCAUCACCUCACAUGCUUCUUCUGUGUGUAUUUCUUUUUGUUUUUAUGGGGUUUUUUGGAGCAAUUUAAACUUCCAGUUGUUUAUUUUCACAAAAGAAAAUAAAAUUGCAGUUGCAAGACC